UAGCCGUUCUUAUUAUGUGACGAAAUUCACAAAAAAGUGCCUCCCGCGCGGCUCCCGCCCGAAAAUUGGUCACCAAUGGACGUAUUUUUUGCGACUGUCGGUCCAUCCCAGCUCUCUCUUCUUCUGGGAAUCUGGGCUUGCCCGGUGGGCACUAGCUGCCCACGAGCCCGGAGACAUGUCGAUUAGGACAGCGGCUCGACGUAUCGUGCAAAAUGGUCGGGUUCUUUUACGCUCGUUACGGAAUCCCGAAAAUUACUAUUCGAGCUGCUACUCAAGAGGACAUCUCAACAAGAUACACGUUGUGGAAGUAGGAAAGUCCCAGGGCCUUGUGCCUAAAAUCGUCAGUGAUGUCGGUGCCACUGGCAGGCACCUUGGGUUCCUGGGAUCUCAGGCUCGCAAACUCUUUGUUGACAAUGUAUUGAAGAGAGUGACCAACAGCUUGGCGGCAGACUUACGUCGGAAAGCAGCGAGUCGUUUGUUGUUUGGAGAUUCGGCACCUUUUUUCGCUCUCGUUGGUGUGUCAUUGGCGUCAGGCACGGGGAUAUUGACCAAGGAUGAUGAACUAGAAGGAGUUUGCUGGGAAAUCAGAGAUGCUGUUUCAAAAAUACAUUGGAACAAGCCACAGAACGAUGGAAACUACGAAACGACACUGAUCAACGACGAGGCUGCAAGUCUCAAGGAUUUCGUCAUCGGGCCACCAAUAGCCAAAGGAUGUUCCGCCGUUGUUUAUGCUGCUCGGAUGAAAGAUUCUUCAGAUUCAAUAGACAAAGACGUCGUUAAAAUAGAAAGCAACACUCAAGACACUUCGAGUUUUCCAUUGGCUAUAAAAAUGAUGUUCAAUUACGACGCAGAAUCUAACGCUUCGUCGAUUCUUCGAGCAAUGUAUCGCGAGACCGUACCAGCUAGAAAAUAUAAUCGCAACGAAGAACUCGCUGACUGGGAGCUGCGAAUGGCUGAAAACAUGCGACCUCUGCCACCGCAUCCCAACAUUGUCGCCAUGUAUUACGUUUUCGCUGAUCGGGUACCUUUUCUACCAGGCUCAACGAGGAUGUAUCCUGAUGCUCUUCCAGCUCGACUCAAUCCCCAAGGAUCAGGACGAAAUAUGAGUCUUUUCCUUCUUAUGAAAAGGUACGAUGUCACCUUGAAGCAGUACAUGAUCGAUCGCAAUGUUAAUAUUCGAGAGUCGAUUCUUUUACUCGCACAAUUAUUAGAGGGAAUAGCACACAUGAAUCUUCACGGUAUCGCACAUAGGGACUUAAAAAGCGAUAAUAUUCUACUCGAUAUUUCGGAAGUAUCGGACAAUUGUCCGUCUCUCGUGAUAACAGAUUUCGGUUGUUGCCUCGCCGACAAAGUUCACGGUCUAUAUCUACCGUACAACAGCCAUGAUCUUGACAAAGGUGGAAACGCAGCUCUCAUGGCUCCGGAAAUCGUGAAUGCAGAGCCUGGACCUUUCACUAGUAUCAAUUACACGAAAGCCGAUCUCUGGACCGUUGGAACAAUCGCUUACGAAAUAUUCGGCAUGAAAAAUCCGUUUUACGUUGUCAACAACGAAGGAUCGUCGUUGAAAAAUCACAGCUACACGGAAGACGCUUUACCUUCGUUGCCCGACGACGUACCUCCUGUGAUAGUCACGCUUGUUAAAAAUAUAUUGAGCCAAAACCUUCAUAAGCGGCUCUCGCCGGAAAUGGCUGCAACGAUAAUGCAACUCUAUCUUUGGGCACCAAGCUCCUGGCUGCGUAACAAAACUCAAAUUCCUUCCAGUAAUGAAAUUCUCCAAUGGUUGCUUUCUUUGACAACGAAAGUUCUAUGUGAAGGUCGAAAUGUUUACUCGAUGCAAGAGCCGGAAGCGUUGUACUACAGCGGAAACACGGACGAUCGUCGAGCGAGUGGAUCUCACCAGAAUUUCCACAGAUCGUUAUCGACGCGUUCCUGCGGUCGACGAACGAUGCCGGAAUAUCAACUGAUUGCGAGCUUCCUUGGUCGGGUGUCCCUUGGAAACGUGAGGGAGUGUUUCAAAUGGUUGCAGAAAAAUGCAUGAAGUGUUAUUCAAUUCGAUAUUAAUGAGUCAGGAAUGCUCCAUUAGAAUUUCUUCGCAAUCAUAUGGUAGUAUGUGUGUUUAUAGUCGCGGAAAUUCAGACGCGUCCGAAGACCAUUCGACGUGAGUUGCAAAAGAUAAGGAUGAGAAACAACAUCGCGAUAUAAUCGCGAGUUUCAGAAAGUAUUGUUCGAACGAGAAAAGCGAAGAAAGAAGACAAUUGUUAUAAACUAUAUUUUUUAUACUCUCGAAAAAGCGCUGAAAUAAUUUCAUCAACGUAUUGCUCGCAACUUUACGAUCUUGCGCUACGUCAUGUUAUGUCAAAUUAUUUCGUUUUUUUUUUUUUGUUUUUUUUUUAUUAUCACGCUAAUCGAGUGCCUUCAAUGUUAAAGUUUUACGAACGUGUAUUAUAUUUUUUGAAAAGUCCGUCGAUCUUGUUCAACGUUGUUCUCGGUAAUUCAGCGGUUUUUCCGAUCAUUAAUUCAAAUCGUGAAACAAAUCAAUCGAAAUAUUACGUUAAUCCAUUAUUUUCCCUUCACUCACUUUUCGAUGCACGAAAAAAUUGUAUCGCUAUUAUGGUGAUGGUCUGAUAACAUAAAACGAACGAAAGUAAGUGAGCACAACGAUUGUGCUCUCGGAUCGAAAAUUCGAUAUUGGUUAAGAUCGCAUCGUUGAAGAUCAGCGAAAAUUUUGUCCGUUGUCUCACAACUUGGUUUCGAAAAACAAAAGGAAAAUUGUUAAACUUUUAAGCCAAAGAAAUCAACAGAAAACUAUUAGAGAAUACGAAAUAUGAAAAUUGGGAAUGGAAUUUGUGUUUGCUAAUCCCAAAUGGAGCAAAAGUGUUGUAUGAUUUUAAAAUGAUAGUCAUUCUCGUAAUUCGUUAUUUGAAAAUAUCAGUGAAAUCGUGAUUGGAGAAAUUGUAAUUCAAAAUUGUCGCGAGUGUAUAAAUAUCGAAAUAAAGCUUGUACAUAGAGAA